AAAGAACAAUGGAUAUCGAUGAGCCACAUGGAGGCCAUGGCUUCGGCCAUCUCAUGAAGAAGAUUCCCGCGACCGCACGAGGACAUAUCGUUGCAGUUGUUGGAGAAGCCGUAGGAACAUUCUGUUUCUUGUUCUUCGCCUUCACUGGUACCCAAAGUGCCAAUGUCGCGUCCAAUCCCAACACGGGUGACACGGUCAUCACCACAACUCCCCAGAAGAACCCGGCGCAACUUCUGUACAUUUCGUUGGCUUUCGGUUUCUCGUUGGCUGUCAAUGCAUGGGUCUAUUUCCGUAUCAGCGGUGGUCUCUUCAACCCUGCGGUCACUCUCGGUAUGAUGCUCAUCCAAGCCAUCACUCCUGUCCGAGCCGCCCUGCUCUUCAUCGCCCAGAUGGUCGGCGCCAUUGUUGCAGCAUACGUCGUCCAGGCGCUGUUCACCGGCGGAUUGAACGUCAGCACGACUCUCUCCGACACCACGACCGUUGCUCAAGGUGUCAUCAUCGAGAUGCUGUUAACCAUGCAACUGGUCUUCACCAUCUUUAUGUUAGCUGCAGAGAAGCACACCGGUAACUUCAUCGCGCCCGUCGGUAUCGGUCUUUCACUCUUCAUUGCAGAACUCACUGGUGUCUUCUGGACCGGCGGCUCCCUUAACCCAGCCCGCUCUUUCGCUCCCGACGUCGCACUCGCCAGCUUCAGCUCUGACCAAUGGGUCUACUGGGUCGGACCAUUCGCCGGAUCCAUCCUCGCCGUCUUGCUCUUCAAGCUCGUCAAGUCGCUCGAGUACGACACCGCGAACCCCGAUCCCGAGGCUGCGCUGCCACCUGCUGGCGGUCCUGUCAACGAUGGUCCCAGGGAGUCGAUGAACCCGGGAAGGAGCUCCGACUCCGAUGCUACCGCUAUGAAACACUAA